AUGAAAGUCUUGGCCUGGAAUAGUCGCGGGUUAGCUCGUGCGCCGACCAUUCGUGCUCUACGGGCGUUGAUCAGGACUCAUAGACCUGAUCUUAUUUUUCUGUCGGAGACUAAAGUUGCUUCUGCAAGAUUCCAGCCCUCUCUUUUUCAUUUGGGUUUCUCCGGUUGGUUAGAAAUCCCUCCGGUCGGAUUAAAAGGUGGGCUUUUUGUAACUUGGAAGCAUGGUAUUGAGAUUGAGCCUGUUAGGCUUGAUAGAAGUUGUAUUUCCUGUUUGGUAUUCUCUGAUCCCUCUCAUUGCCCUUGGUUAUUCUCCUUUAUUUAUGCACCUCAUAUUGCUGAAAGGCAGUUAGUUUUUUGGUCUGAGUUGACGAACUUGGGGAACUCCUUUGGUGGGGCUUGGCUGUUAUUGGGUGAUUUCAACUCGGUGCUUUCUCCUUCAGAGAAGAGUGGAGGCCGUGGUUUUGGCUCCUCUUCUCAAAAUGAUUUUUUGGAUUUUGUUCAAUCGAAUGCAUUGAUUGACCUGGGUUUUGUAGGCAAUAAGUUCACUUGGAGUAAUCACCGUUCUGGGUUGGCUAAUAUUCGAGAGAGACUUGACAGAGGUUUAGCUAAUCAAGAGUGGGUGCAUCUAUUUCCCAAUGCUCUCAUCAAUCACUUUCCUGCCACCAAUUCAGAUCACUGUCCGAUUUUGUUAUCUACCACUGGGUCGUAUCAAAAUCUGCCUAAGCCCUUUAGAUUUGAAGCUUUCUGGACAAGGGAUAAAUCCAGUUACUCAGUUGUUGCUGGUGCUUGGCUAGAAGAGGUGGAAGGCUCUCCAGCUUUCUCUUUAAGCAGGAAGUGGAAGUCUACUAAAAGUGCAUUGAAGGUCUAG